AGCCAUCGAUAUUUAAGUGAAAAUGGGACGGAGCUACGACUCACUCGGCAAUCUCUAUUGAGUAUGUACUGUAUGCGGAGUGGACAACAACGCAACAACGAUCGGAGUCCGGGUCCAAGUCAGUCGAGUUUUGAACACGAACGCGGUCACAAUGUCCACGGAGCGAAACUCAAGUCCGCUGAUCCCAUUGGCAAUCGCAGGCACCCUGCUUUCGAUUUUGUUCGCUCAGGUGAGCGGAUAUUCGGGCCUGAUACCGCCGGAUGCAGCUAAUCCGGGCAAAUGUAUCUACCGCGGAGACAUCCUCGAGCUGGGCGUCAACAAUAACAAUGGCAUUUCUCCCUGCCAGCGGCUGACCUGCCACAAGGAUGGCUCAAUACUUAUCGAGGGAUGUGGUAAGCUGCGGAUCGAGAACUGCAAUCGCGGAGAGCGCAUAUCCCCGGGCGAACCCUUUCCGGAGUGCUGCAAAUUGAGAUACAAGUGCAAGGAGAUCGGGGCGGCGCCCUACUACAUCGAGCGGAAUGCGGCGGAGAAGGUCUAGGACUUAACCGGAAUAAGCCACCGGAAUGGACCCACCAAAGCCAAGGACGCCUUCAUUCUCUCCUAGAUGCAACCUACAUACAUAUGAUCAUUAAUUUGCUAAUUUAUUUGUUAACGAGUAUUGCUCAAUAGGCAUUUGAUUUGAUUUUUUUUUUUA